CCGACGGCGGGUUCCGCCCCUCGCACCGGGGAGGCUGGAGAGGAACGGCCCACGGAGCUACCACCGCCCUUCGCGCCGUCUUCGCUGACAUCAUGCUCCAGUUCCUGGUUGGAUUUACUUUUGGCAACCUGGUUGGAAUGUAUCUGGCUCAAAAUUAUGACAUGCCAAACCUGGCUAAAAAACUUGAAGAAAUUAAAAAGGACAUGGAUGCCAAGAAGAAACCCCCUAGUUCAUGAGGCCAACUCCAGCACUGGCUCCAGGAAAUCCUGACUCUGCUCUUCUCCAGGGCCUCCUUUACAUCUGAACCAAAGCUUCUGUCUUCUGUCCAGUCUCAGCCUUUGCUUCGAGCACAAAUGGGGCCACGAGUUAAGAACUGUGCUUACUUUCCCAACAUCCUCACCUCUUCCCUUCCUCCUAGCAGCUCGGGAGGUCCUAAGACUGGAACUAUGGUGCUAGAUUAGUAAACAUGACCUUUAAUUAGUAGUCUCUCCCUUAUUCUUUGGGAUUUUUUACUGCCUUUUUCAAAAGAAAAAUUAAUGAGUUUUGUAUAGCUGAUCAGAUAUAAAUAAUGCUGACUUCACAAGUUAGCAAUUAUAAUGGGUGUUUAAACAUUUGGUACUAAAUUAUGUUAUUUCAAGGUCACUAAAAUUAAAAUCUAGAAGCCAGUUUCUGAUGAAUUAUCCAUUUAUUUUAUACUAUUCUCAAUAUAACUGACAUAUAUAACUCCAUAGUUGCUAAUUUAACCAGUAAAUCAAUUUGCUACUCAUCAGUUGAGAAACUAUGUUCUGAGAACUCCAUCAGGAAUUGGGGAAUUAAAAAUAAUGGCCUUUGUUCUCAGUAGACUUCAUAGUUCAGUAUGCAUGUUUUUUCUUAAUGAUGCAUUUGAUCUGGCUCUUUUUCCUCAAAAGAAUCAUACUUAUUUUAAGGGAUUAUAGGUGCAUUUGACAUUACAUGAUGGAUAAAUGACAAGUUGUCUAUAAAGGAAAUUUUAUGCCUUUUCACAUUAAAAGAAAUGUAUCAACCUUAUAACUUUAUAGUGAUUCUCACAAGAAAACUUUUUUUGCUGCAAUCAGAAAUUAUCAUUGUAAUUUGUCAAAUGUAUAAUUAGUUCAUUUGAAAAAAUUAAACAAAAAUGUUUGAUUACAUCACUUUUCCCGUGACUCAAGAUACAAAAGUGAUUUAGAAUGAAGGGCCUCUCCCACCUCUAGCUCCUAGAUCCUCUUCCUGGAGCCAGGCACUGCCAGCAGUUCACUGUAUGCUAUUGAACAAGAUUCUGUGCCUAACCAUGUGUGCAUGGGCUUUUUACACAAAUGAUAAACUAUACAUAGACUUUGCUCUGGCCUUUCCCUCCCCAUUGAAUAUCAGUAUGUAAGGAAUAAGGAAUCUGUUUCCUUUUUUGGCUGCAUAAGAUUCUAUUGGAUGAAUAUACCAUAAUUUAUUUAAUCUAUCAUUGAUGAAUAGUUGUUUCCUGUCUUUUGCUGUUACAGUGAUAACUUUGAACCUGAUGUUAUCAUACGUAUCUAUGCAGGGUAUAGCCAUAAGCUAACGUCCUAAAACUGUAAUUUGCACUAAAUAUAGGUCAAGUCCCACUUCAUUGUGUGUUUUGCUUGUUGGGCAGCUUCACUGAUAAUGCCACGUCUGAGGACAUUUUAGCAGAAUCAGUAAACUGCAAGAUUACUUAGAGACACCUUUUUUCAGACAGCGAUGGCACUGAUACUACAUGUGAUUAUAAAAUGAAGCGAUUCUGCUUCUCUUUGAGACUAUGCGUCUCUCAUACAUGGAGAUAAGUUUUAUCCAUCAGUUCAUCCUGGUGUAUGAGACAGAUUAGGAUCAUAUUAUGGUUUGGCUUCUCUCCCUAGCAGUGUGAUCAUGGGCAAACAGCUUAUUUGUCGGAAACUGUUGUAUUCUCUGUAAGAUCUGGACAUAAUACCUACCUCAUAGGGCUUCCAAGAGAAACAAUUGCAAUAAUGUAUGUGAUGCACCGUGCUUUGCAAAUUUGCCCAAUAAAUAGCAGACCUUAGUCCAAACAUA